AUGACAGAAAUCCGAUCUGAAACUGGUAAAUUUCUUAAUGCUACACAAAAAUUUUGAAAUACAACAGAAAAAAAAUCCCUCAAGCACUCUAUUUUUGAACUUCAUCGACAACUUUAUUCUGACGGGAACCAAGAAGAGACGACCAUUAUAAGGCAAAAAUUUAAAAGAGCAUUUGAAGGGGUUAUCUGAUGCUUUCAAAUCAUAAGUUUACUGUGGGUUCCUGACCUCUCAAUAAAAAAUUGACACAAAAAUAUGAUUUUUUGGGAAAUCAUAGGUUACUUAAAAUUUGACAAUACUUGCUCGUCAUUAGGGAUAAUAAAUGAAUGCCUUUAUUUAUCAAUUUUGAUCACUUAUGCAAGCCUAUUUUGUAUGUCUGUCUUUUUAGUUGCUAUUUAUUCCUCUUAUUCUUUGCCAAAAUCUGCCCUCGGAAUUUUUAAAGAAAUUUUCUAUUUGUGAUCGAAUUUGUUUUUAAUACCAGCAGGAUGAUUUUUAAAGAUUAAUGUAUGUAAAAUCUAAGGUAGACUACAGAAAAGGCUUGCUCAGCUGCGGAAUUUACCAAUCUGCUCAUGCUUUUAGUUAGUUUUGGUGCUGCCUCAGUGCUUUGAUGCAUAGUUUAGGGACUUGAAUAUCUGGAAUUCCGAGAAAUAAACUCCAUAGUAUAACCGGCGCUGAAUAUGCCUUUAUAGUCUGCGCCGUUCUUCCAUGAGUAAAAACCUUUUUUUUUUCCAAAUGUUCAUUAGGAAGAAAUUAUGUCUUCAUAACUGAAGGAGGCAAAAUCAGCUGGAGCGCAACUUCCCAGUACUCUUAGUCUAGCAAAGGAUUGGUUUUGAUUCAGGCUGCAAACUCUAGCAAGCCCAGGAGAGAUUACUGGUAUCACCAUUUUAUUUUUGCUUUUAAUUUCAGCAAUUGAAAUAUUUUCCAUAUUUCUCAAAUAUAGCUUUUUUCCUCAAAAUAUUGUCUCAGAAUAUGAAAAUAAUAAUGAUUUAGGAGAAUUUGAAAUAAGCUCUGCAUUGCAAGUUGCCAUUAUUUUUGCACUGCUAAUUACCCUGUUUUUAAUUUUUGUUCAGACAGUUUUUUCAGGAGAAAUUCGACAUUUUAUGACUAAAAAAUCAAUAAAUGCGAAAGCACACUCAAAAAUUGAUGUUCAUAUCAUUUUUUUUACCUUUUUUUUUCCGAUGACUUAUACGGUGCUUGCAAGAAAUUCCAUUAUUUAUUUACAAAUCCUAACAAUAAUUUUGGCAGUGUUUUUGAUUAAAGAAACAAUUAUAUUUUUACCUUAUUAUUCAAUUUAUUGCAACACUGCUAUAAUUCUGAGAUUUUAUUUUAUUGCUUUUAUUUCUUCUCUUUUUAUUUUAGGGAAUUUUAUGGAUAAUUCGUUAGUUGUUUGUAUACUAACAAUUAUUUUGGGCCCAAUAUCUACUUAUUUUGCUAUUCAAUUUUCUCUAAAAGCGCAAAAUAAAUUUUCUAAAAGCAUUCCAAAAAAUUUAGUAGGAAUAAAUUCACAAUACAACUUAGAAUGAUCUCUAAGACUUGCAUUAUGCUCAAAUGAUAUAGAGAAUAAAGACCAAAUAGUCCAUCUAUUUGAAAAUUUUUUUAGAGAAAAAGGUUUGAAUGGAAAUAAGCUUCAAGCUAUAUGAGUAGCCAACUACUGCUUAUUUACUCUAAAAGAUGAAUCCUUGGCUAAAAUCAAGCUAAGUAAAAUAAAAUAUAUCUCAAAAUGGUCUCUUGAAGCUGCAUACCAAGAAUAUAUAUGCAGCACAAAUAUUUCCAAUGCCAACUUAUCUGAAGGAUCACAAUAUUCUAAUUAUUUUCUGCAAUUCAAUAUAAUUAAAAAAAAAGAUGAAAUUUUAUGCUCAAAUUUACUAAAUUUUUGGAGUGAAAUUGCCUCAGGAAAGCCAAAUCUGCAUAAACUACAAAAAAAUCUCAACUUGAUAGAUGAAGAAAUUCUAUUCUUAAAUAAAGAAUACAGCAAUUUAAAUACGAAAUUCCCCAAUUCGAGAGAAUUCUUAGCUCUUUAUUCUUCAUUUAUUAAGGAUAUCACCUAUGACUCGGAAAAAUCGAUUUUACUUGAAAUGAAAUUAAGAUCCCUCGACAGAACUCAUGGAAAUUUCAUUAGUGAUUCUAAAAAUUUUAGCUUUUUUAAUGACAGUAAUGGAAUUUUGAUAAUUUCGAAUGAACUCGAAAAUUUUGGUGAUAUUCUUUAUGCUAACCAAAAAUCUGCAGAAUAUUUUAGGCUCCCGAUUAGCAGCCUUAUCAGUGACAACAUUUUAAGCUUCAUUCAUCCUUAUUAUAAAGAAAAAUUCAAAGCUGAAGCCAAAAGAUUUGUUCAAUUUACUUCGUCAUCUGAAAUAAUUUUAAGCCAAGGAUUCAUUUUAAUAACACAAAAUAAUAUACUAGAAUGUGUAGGGAAAGUCUCAGUAACCACAGUGAACGAUCUCGUUGUAGCUAUAUUUGUAUUUAAACCCAAAGUCAAAAAUUAUGAGGUCGCUUUGAUAUCAGAGGAAGGAGAAAUAAUUUGCCACUCGGAUAAUUUUCCUAGAAUUGCCAGAAAAAAUGAAAAUUUGGUAGGAUGGAACUUGAAGACCUUAUUUUUUAGCUCAGAAGACUUUGAGCUGCAGCCAAGUACCCCUUACUAUUUGUCUCAUUUCAAAACUGAAACUUUUCUAAUUCUUUCACACUCAGAAUUUUACAAAAUGAAAAUGCCCUAUAUAGCACUAAUAAAUAGUCAUGAAGAACUUUUAAAUUGGAACAACGAAAAUCCACAGGGGAAUAAAGAAAUAGCACAAAUAACUAGGAGCCAAUUAUCAAUAAAUAUAUUAGGGUCUUUAUGCUCUGAUAAAAAUUUUGGCUCAAUUGAUAAAGAAAGCAGUCAUUCAGAAGAAGAUUUAGACUCCAAAAUAAUGCUCUAUAGAUUUUCUGACAAAAACGCUGAAGGCUCAGAUAAGCGUGAUGAGGAUGCAAAAUCUCAGGUUUCAGCAAGCACUUCUCAAGCCAGAUUCCUCAAUAUGAUAAAAUCCUCAUCAAGGUCCAUCAAUGUGUUGCAUAUAGCCUUUGUUUUUUCAGUAGUUUUUAUAUAGAUUUUGACUGUCUUGGCUGUCAAUAUUACAGUUUUAAUUUACGCAUUUUACAAUAUAAAUUUUAUAAGCGACAUGAAUCUUCCUAUAAGUAUCGGGAAAACAGGGAAAAAUUUACAGAAAAUCGCAUAUCUCUCGAGGAUGCUUUUUUCACUUCCAAACCUACCGUGAGAAGAUCCAUUAUAUAUAGAUAUGGCCAAGGAAUAUAUCAUUAUUUUAUCGAAUUUAGAAAAUUUAUACUUAAAUGUUACCUCAAAUCUAAAUAAUUGGGAUUCUUGCUCAGGCCAAAGCAUUUUGACUGAUGAAGUGGUAAAUUUAUGGAAUGUUGAUGAAAAUGAAAUUUAUAAAAAAAAAACUACGCUAAUAAGCACAAUAGCAAAAUUUAUUAAAGUUGUAAAAAAUAUAUAGGGAAACGGCCUAGCCCAAAAAUUUUAUACCAAUGAGACUGCGACUAGUACAGAUAUUUCGUUUUUGCUAUUAAAUGGGUAUGACGAAGCGCUUCACUAUUGCAAUAGUUCACUGUAUGAUAUUAUAGACUGCCAAAAAUCUAUGAUGAGCGACUUUAAAGUUAAAAUGACAAUUCUUUUACUGCUAGGAAUAGUUUUUUUAUUGGCAUGCAUUUUAAUAAUAAUCCCAUUUUACUACUCAAUUUUUAAGAUCGAGAACAAUCUUUGAAAUAAUAUAAGAAAAAAAGCUUAUAAUCACUAUUUUGAGCUGAGGCAAACAGUUAUGGAAAGGCUUAAAUGCGUCCACUCUCAGCCAGAACUAGCUUUAAGCGAUCAGCGUCUCUCUAUGAAGCCAUUUCGUUUUAAAAAUUACUGAAAAUAUAUAUGGAGAACACUGGUAUACCUGGCAUUUGCUUUAUUAUUUUCAAUUAUAAACAUUUCUUAUCUUUAUGAAAAAUGCACAGAAUAUUUGCUAUUUCGGCCUGAAGUGUUGAAAAAUCUAAUAAAUUUGCAAAUUUUAUAUACAAGUUUGAGUAUAUCAACAACGGAAGUAAUUUUGGAAAGCAUAGGUAUCCCUUUAAUAUAUGAAUUUCCUUCUACUUAUCCUUUUUGCAAUCUCAAAAAUGAUUUCUUAGAAAUCAUAUCAAAAUUAGGAUACUCAAACUCAAUAAUAAGAGAAGAUAAGUAUGCAGCAAUUUUAUCUAAAGAUUUUAAAGAAACUCUGUAUGUAGAGGGCAAGCAGCAUGACUCAAAUUAUUUUGCAUUUGGGGUUUACUCAGCAGAGCUAAACAUAGUAGUUGAAGCUUCCCUAGUAGUCAGCUCAUCUGAGAAUCCUGAAAUAUGACUAAAUUUAAUGUCUUCUAUUCAAGAACUGGACUCAAAUUAUGAUACUUUUAUAGACGAAAUAGAUGCUUACUCACAAAGCGUAAUUAAUGACCAAAUGAGCAUCAUUGUAGCCACACUCAUUAUUUUUAUUAUUUUUUCUUUUGCUUUAUAUUUCGGGUUUUAUUUGGUGUUUUUCAGAAGCGAAAAGAAGUAUCUGCAGAAAAUAAAUUCUGUCAUGGAAAUAAUGCCAUAA